AUCCAGCCGAUGCAACACCCUUUGACCUUUAUCACUGGUGCUAUAACAGCUUAGUUUUUUCAGCAUGUCUUCUGGUUAACAAAGUUUGGUGAUGGAAUUUUAAGCCUUGCAAUGCCCUGGAAUAACAGAGAACAACAACAUCAACAACAAAAAAUAGCCUGUUGUGUUUAGUUCUUAAGAGAGGAUAUUUUGACCAGAGAACAUGAGCAAUGAAGUUUUUCUGUGAAUGAUGGUGGAGUGAAAUCAGAGUUCCAAAUGUACAUCUACCUGACUGAUAAGACAAGAAGUACUGUGAGCCUCUCACACAAAUCAUGGAUAGAUCUACUAAGCAACAGAUAGUCAACUUAGAUCGUCAGUGAAAUGGAGCUUUGUAAUGAGUACUCUAUGGAGUCCUUCUGAGCUCUCUUUUCAUCCUGGUUGAUGAAGGUCUAAAACAGACUUUGACAUGAGCACAUGGAUGCGACAAGUUGGGCAGGUGAGUGCUCCAGGUGAGCAAACAGAGGCAGCAAUGGCAAACUCUCCACUCCCUCCAGUCAGACCUCCAAGCAGACAAGUACCAUCAUCAUCCAUGACUAAAGGUCAUCUCCCACCCCUGAGAGAGUCAAGCAAGCAAUCACCAGCUUCAUUAUCAUCUAUGGCAUCUGCUCCCCUCCCACCAUUAAGAGCUCCAGACAAGGAAGCUUCUUCCUCCUUUUCCUCCUCCUUCUCGACCACAAAGGUUUUUCUUCCUCCAUUGAAUGUUUUAGACAAGAAAGAAGCAGUAACAAUCAAACCUCCUUUUCUCCCUCCAAUGAGUUCUUUCAUCGAACAUGCAGAAUCAACAGCAUCAGCAGCAAACUUUUCUUUUCAGAGCCCUCUUGAUAGAGCCCAAGCAGCAAAGAACAAAGGCAACAAGUAUUUUAAAGCAGGAAAAUAUGAGCAAGCCAUUCAGUGCUACACAGAGGCCAUCAGUUUAUGCCCCCCUGAGAAAAACAUUGACCUUUCUACUUUCUACCAGAACAGAGCUGCUGCACAUGAACAACUGCAAAAAUGGAAAGAAGUGGCACAAGAUUGCACAAAGGCAGUUGAGCUUAAUCCUAAAUAUGUGAAAGCUCUCUUCAGACGUGCAAAGGCGUAUGAGAAACUAGAUAAUAAGAAGGAAUGUUUAGAAGAUGUCACUGCAGUCUGUAUUUUAGAAGGUUUUCAAAACCAGCAAAGCAUGUUGUUAGCUGAUAAAGUUCUUAAACUCCUUGGAAAAGAAAAGGCCAAAGAGAAAUAUAAGAACCGUGAACCUUUGAUGCCCUCUCCACAGUUCAUCAAAUCUUACUUCAGCUCUUUCACAGAUGACAUUAUCUCCCAACCUCUGCUUAAGGGUGAGAAAUCUGAUGAAGAUAAGGACAAGGAGGGGGAGGCUUCAGAAGUUAAAGAAAAAUCUGGAUAUUUAAAGGCAAAGCAGUAUAUGGAAGAAGAAAACUAUGAUAAAAUCAUCAGCGAGAGCACAAAAGAAAUUGACGUUAAAGGCAAAUAUAUGGCAGAAGCUUUGCUGCUGCGAGCCACUUUCUAUCUGCUUAUUGGCAAUGCAAAUGCUGCCAGACCUGAUCUAGAUCAGGUCAUUAGUAUGGAAGAUGCUAAUGUAAAGCUCCGUGCUAAUGCCCUGAUCAAACGAGGUAGUAUGUAUAUGCAGCAGCAACAGCCUAUGCUGUCCACUCAAGAUUUUAACAUGGCUGCUGAUAUUGAUCCUCAGAAUGCAGAUGUUUACCACCACAGAGGACAGCUGAAAAUCCUUCUUGACCAAGUUGAAGAGGCUGUGGAAGACUUUGAUGAAUGUAUUCGAUUACGACCAGAUUCUGCCUUGGCACAAGCACAGAAAUGUUUUGCAUUGUAUCGCCAAGCCUAUACUGGAAAUAAUCCGUUACAAGUUCAGGCAGCCAUGAAAGGCUUUGAGGAUGUCAUUAAAAUAUUUCCAAGGUGUGCUGAAGGUUAUGCGCUCUAUGCUCAGGCAUUAACAGAUCAGCAGCAAUUUGGUAAGGCAGAUGAAAUGUACGAUAAGUGUAUUGACCUUGAGCCAGACAAUGCUACUACGUAUGUUCAUAAAGGUUUACUUCAACUUCAGUGGAAGCAGGAUCUAGACAAAGGCUUGGAGCUCAUAAGCAAGGCCAUUGAAAUCGAUAACAAAUGUGAUUUUGCAUAUGAAACUAUGGGAACGAUUGAAGUGCAAAGAGGCAAUCUGGAUAAAGCCAUUGAAAUGUUCAACAAAGCUAUUAACCUGGCCAAAUCUGAAAUGGAGAUGGCCCACCUCUACUCACUCUGUGAUGCUGCUUAUGCCCAGACAGAAGUUGCAAAGAAAUAUGGACUGAAACCGCCAACAUUGUAAAGAAACAAGGAGGGGGGAGGGAGAGAAUGACCUUUUAAAGUAAAGUUGCCCACUUCAACCUAGCCUUGAAGACACUGUUGCAAACGAUGUUGAAUGGUGGAACUUAGUUUUUUCCCGUUCGUGGUGUUGUCAUUUGUUACAUCUAUUAAAUGUUUAGGUGUUGUGGGAGUGGCUGUUGAAGGAAGUAUGCUGUGCUGUGACUUGUUCCCUAUGCAGGAAACCUUACCAGCUGUUAAGGGAAAUAAAACAAAGUUGCAAGGGAACAAAGUAUAUUUUGGCCAUGCAAAUAAAAACUUUAAUUUUUGGGUGUU